CAUUGUCAUGCACUAUAAUAACCAGGCGCACACCUAAGGUCGAUUUUCUCCGUUCCCGGAAGUGGCUCCUGAUGAAAUAUCUCGCUCCGCCUAUAUAUUUAGAAGAAGUUUCAACAUACUUCUGUUAACUUCGACGAUGGCUUUGAGGACACUCUGCGUUUUAUCACGUUUCCAACUAGCCUAUAGCAAGCCCCUGCUAUAUCGACUGACAUCUGGAGUCCGCUUCAAAAGUGCCUGCCCGGUUCAGAUCAGCCAUGUGGACCACCUGGUUCUGACUGUGCGCAGUGUGCCCAAAACUAUUGAUUUUUACACCUCAGUUUUGGGUAUGGAGGUUGUUACCUUUAAGGGAGACAGAAAGGCCCUGGGCUUCGGCCAGCAGAAGAUCAACCUGCACCAGUCUGGAAAAGAGUUUGAGCCCAAAGCCCAGAGCCCCACACCAGGCUCAGCCGAUUUGUGUCUAAUCACAAAGACUUCUCUCACCACCGUAGCCGCCCAUCUCCAGGACUGUGGAGUGGCCAUUGAAGAGGGGCCGGUGGAGAGAAGUGGAGCAGUGGGCCCAAUCACUUCCCUGUACUUUAGAGAUCCGGAUCAGAAUUUAAUUGAGGUGUCCAACUAUAAUCAGUAGACACAAGAGGGCAGUGUUGAACCUCUUUAAAGCCUUGCUUUUGCAAUUUGUCAGUAUGUUCAAAUCCCUGACAACCCUCAUUGGACAGCGCCAAAAAUGAUUUGGCUGAGGAUUUUGUUAAAGCAGACUAUUAAGAUCUUAAAGAAAAAACUCAAACUUCAUUAUUAGUUCAUCAUCGACUUGACUUUUUUUGCAAAUACACUACCAGCCAAAAAGUUUAGACACACCUACUCAUGAAUGGCUUUUUCUUUGUCUGACUAUACAUUUUUCUCUAUUUAAUUUGCCAGUCAGAUUUGUGAUUGUCAAUCAUGUGCAUCUGUUAAUCUUAACAUGGCACUAAGAGGCAUAGCCUGCGUGGAGGAGGUUAUGAGCUACACAGCCUAAGCAGACCCUACUUGAUUGCCACAGGAACAAAUAUGAUUUUGGCCAGGGCUGGUCAACUGGCUGUUUCCAACUCACGCAAGCCUGAGCUUAAAACAGGCAGCGCACUCACACACACUGGCUGAUAGCAUCAGUUACUGGGGUCAGCGCCUAAUGACUUUCUGCCCAGCUGAUGCUGUUGGUGGAAAGUGCUUCGAGAUGUAUUUUCUAGUCAUAAUUCUUGCCUACUCUGCAAAUACUGCUGCAUCCAAACCUAAUGGACUCUGGUUUAUCCACUUGUGUUCAUAUUUUGAAGCAACAGAGCUGUUUUUUAUAUUAAAGCACUGACAUGUUGCAAUGCUCCUGUGAUAUUCUAAUAAAUAUGACAACAUAUUAA